AGCAAAGACAGAAGAAGUCAUGGCAAGAACCAAGCAGACCGCUCGUAAAUCCACCGGAGGCAAAGCCCCGAGGAAGCAGCUGGCCACCAAGGCUGCCCGUAAGAGCGCCCCGGCCACCGGCGGCGUGAAGAAGCCUCACCGUUACAGGCCCGGUACCGUGGCUCUGAGAGAGAUCCGUCGCUACCAGAAAUCCACCGAGCUGCUGAUCCGCAAGCUGCCCUUCCAGCGCCUGGUCCGAGAAAUCGCUCAGGAUUUCAAGACCGACCUGCGCUUCCAGAGCUCCGCUGUCAUGGCUCUGCAGGAGUCCAGUGAGGCUUACCUGGUGGGCCUGUUUGAGGACACCAACCUGUGCGCCAUCCACGCCAAGAGAGUCACCAUCAUGCCCAAAGACAUCCAGCUGGCCCGUCGCAUCCGCGGAGAGAGAGCUUAA